UAACGCUCAUCACUUUUCACAUUCUGGGAGGCGAGAAGGAAUCUAUCCAGUCUUUGCCAAGAACAUGAUUGGAUUUUAGGACUAUCCUGGGAAUACUUUUAACUGAGCAAUUAAACGUGUCACGUUUAGAUUCGCCAGGCAAGUUGGGCUGAAAUUUGAAACAAGACAUCCUUUGUGACUGUUUCAAUAAUCCUGAAACAACUUGUUUUUUAAUGGCAAAGAUUUGUUUAAUAGUUAAAGAACAGGCAGAAAAAUGCCAGGCACUGUGAAGCUGCGCAGCAUCAAGAAGUUUGGACAGGAAAAUGACAGUUAUGAAUUUUCUGAUGAAGAGACAAAUGGGAAGUACAUGACAAUGACAUCAUCUGGAAAGGAUAAGAAGUCCAAAAAUGGCAAGGAAGAAGACUCUGCCAUACGCGUCAGCUUCUUUCAGCUGUUUCGCUUUGCAAGUUACCGAGAGAUCUGUAUGAUGAUAUUUGGGAGUGUUUGUGCAGUUCUUCACGGCUCAGCGCAACCAUUGAUGCUGCUCGUGUUUGGGAUGCUAACGGACACCUUCAUUGCAUAUGAUGUUGAGCUCAAUGAACUUAAGGACCCAGAGAAAGAGUGUGUGAAUAAUACAAUACAGUGGCGAAACCUGACUGAGGAAGAAAACCUGGCUCUAAACAUGACUUCACCAUGCGGGCUAUUGGACAUUGAAUACGAAAUGACCAAUUUUGCAUACUAUUAUGUUGCCAUCGGAGCGGGUGUCUUCGUUCUUGGAUACCUCCAAAUCUCUCUGUGGAUAACUGCAGCGGCACGUCAGAUUCAGGUCAUCCGGAAGAUGUAUUUCAGGAAGGUCAUGAGGAUGGAGAUCGGUUGGUUUGAUUGCACCUCUGUGGGAGAGCUAAACACACGCAUGUCUGAUGACAUCAACAAGAUAAACGAUGCAAUCGCUGAUCAGGUGGGGAUCUUCAUCCAACGAUUCACCACGUUUGUGUGCGGUUUCCUUAUGGGUUUUGCGAAGGGCUGGAAACUAACACUGGUCAUCGUCUCAGUGUCUCCACUGAUCGGAGUUGGUGCUGCUCUCAUGGCUCUGUUUGUCGCAAAACUGACGGGAAUGGAGCUGCAGGCAUACGCUAAAGCUGGUGCUGUGGCAGAUGAAGUUUUGUCCUCUGUACGCACAGUUGCAGCAUUUGGCGGUGAGAAAAAAGAGGUGGACAGGUAUGAUCGUAAUCUAAUCUCUGCCCAGCGAUGGGGCAUCAGGAAAGGUCUGAUCAUGGGGUUCUUCACAGGCUACAUGUGGUUCAUCAUCUUCCUGUGUUAUGCAUUGGCUUUCUGGUAUGGAUCCAGCCUUGUAGUGGACACACAAGAGUAUAGUCCAGGAACAUUACUGCAGGUGUUUUUUGGAGUGCUCAUUGCAGCAUUGAAUCUAGGCCAGGCAUCUCCUUGUCUGGAGGCCUUUGCUUCAGGAAGAGGAGCUGCAACUAUUAUCUUUGAGACCAUAGAGCGUGAACCAGAGAUCGAUUGUCUCUCUGAGGCUGGUUAUAAGUUAGACAAAGUGAAAGGAGACUUGGAGUUUCAUAAUGUAACUUUUCAUUACCCAUCCAGACCUGAAGUGAAGAUCCUAGAUCAGCUCAGUCUGCAGGUAACGUCAGGUGAGACAACAGCUUUUGUGGGUCCAAGUGGCGCAGGGAAGAGCACUACAAUCCAGCUCAUCCAACGAUUCUACGACCCCAAAGAAGGCAUGGUUACAUUGGAUGGUCAUGAUAUCCGGGGUCUGAACAUCCAGUGGCUUCGUUCUCUGAUUGGAAUUGUAGAGCAGGAGCCGGUUCUAUUUGCUACCUCCAUUGCUGAGAACAUCAGAUAUGGAAGGCCUGGAGUCUCAAGCGAUGACAUCAUUAAAGCAGCCAAAGAGGCCAAUGCCUACAAUUUCAUCAUGGACCUACCACAGAAAUUUGACACUUUGGUAGGUGAGGGUGGUGGCCAGAUGAGUGGUGGGCAGAAACAGCGAAUCGCAAUAGCCCGAGCACUGGUGAGGAACCCCAGGAUCCUCCUUCUGGACAUGGCCACAUCAGCUCUGGACAAUGAGAGUGAAGCUGUCGUACAGGAGGCUUUGGACAAGGUCCGAAUGGGUCGCACCACCAUCUCCAUAGCUCACCGUUUAUCCACGAUAAAGAAUGCAGAUGUGAUUGUGGGAUUUGAGCAUGGACGUGCCGUGGAACAAGGAAAACACGAUGAGCUGUUGGACAGAAAAGGUGUCUAUUUCACCCUGGUCACUCUUCAGAGUCAGGGUGACAAAGCACUUAACCAAAAAGCUAGAAAAGAAAUGGAGGACAUUGAAAGUGUUGACCCAGAUGCAGAACGAAGGAGUCUCAAAAGGGCAGGAAGUUAUCGUGCUAGCUUAAGGGCCUCAAUUCAUCAAAGAUCUCGAUCACAGUUGUCAAACAUUAUACCAGAAUCUUCUGUGCCUAUCACUGGAGAGCUUGGCCCUCGCUCAUACUCUGAAACCCGUGUUUCUCGAGAGGACAAGGGAAAGAGUGCACUUCCUGUUGACAAUUCAGAGGAGGUAGAGCCAGCUCCUGUGGCCCGCAUUCUGAAAUACAAUGCCCCAGAAUGGCCCUACAUGCUCUUUGGAAGCUUUGGAGCAGCUGUGAAUGGAGGGGUGAAUCCUGUCUACUCUCUCCUCUUCAGCCAAAUCCUGGCGACAUUCUCGAUGCCUGAUCCUGUUGAGCAAAGGAGGGAAAUUAACGGAAUCUGUCUCUUCUUUGUACUUGUUGGUUUGAUUUCUUUCUUCACCCAAAUGUUACAGGGCUAUGCGUUCUCUAAAUCUGGGGAGCUGCUGACUCGUAGAUUGAGGCGUCUGGGUUUUCAGGCAAUGUUGGGGCAGGAGAUUGGUUGGUUUGAUGACCAUAAAAACAGCCCUGGUGCUUUGACUACAAGGCUGGCCACUGAUGCCUCACAAGUGCAGGGAGCCACAGGUUCUCAGAUUGGUAUGAUCGUAAAUUCUCUGACCAACAUCGGUGUGGCUAUUAUCAUCUCCUUCUACUUCAGCUGGAAACUCACUAUGGUCAUCUUGUGCUUCUUGCCCUUCCUGGCACUCUCUGGGGGAUUCCAGGCCAAGAUGCUAACUGGAUUCGCUAAACAGGACAAAGAGGCCAUGGAGGCAGCAGGACAGAUAUCUGGGGAGGCUCUCAAUAACAUUCGCACCAUUGCUGGCCUGGGGAAAGAACGUAAAUUUGUGGAAAUGUAUGAGACACAGCUGGAGGCACCGUACCGUGCUGCGUUAAAGAAGGCUAAUGUUUACGGUGCCUGCUACGGGUUUGCCCAGUGUGUGGUCUUCAUGGCAAACUCUGCUUCCUACCGAUUCGGUGGAUACCUGGUCCGUCAAGAGGGGCUACACUUUAGUAUGGUUUUCAGGGUGAUUUCAGCGAUUGUAACAAGUGGCACAGCUCUGGGUCGAGCCUCCUCCUAUACACCAGACUAUGCAAAAGCCAAGAUCUCUGCUGCACGAUUCUUCCAGCUACUCGAUCGCAUUCCGAAAAUAAGUGUCUACAGCAAUGAAGGAUACAAAUGGGAUAAUUUUAAAGGGGACAUUGAGUUUAUAGACUGCAAGUUCACAUACCCCUCCCGACCAGAUAUUCAGGUUCUGAAUGGGUUGAAUGUGAGUGUUAGGCCAGGUCAGACUUUGGCCUUUGUGGGCAGCAGUGGCUGCGGCAAGAGCACUAGUGUACAACUAUUGGAGAGAUUCUAUGAUCCUGACAAUGGACGUGUGCUCAUUGAUGGCCGUGAAUCUGCUCGGGUCAAUGUCGCUUUCCUGCGCUCUAAGAUUGGGAUCGUCUCUCAGGAGCCAAUUCUGUUUGACUGCAGUAUUGCAGAGAACAUCCGCUAUGGAGACAACCAGCGAGAGCUCAGCAUGGAUGAUGUUAUCUCUGCAGCCAAGAAGGCCCAGCUGCAUGACUUUGUCAUGUCACUUCCUGAGAAAUACGACACUAAUGUUGGUUCCCAAGGUUCACAGCUUUCUAGGGGUCAAAAGCAACGCAUUGCCAUUGCUAGAGCAAUCGUACGAGACCCCAAAAUACUUUUGCUGGAUGAGGCCACCUCAGCGCUGGAUACAGAAAGUGAGAAGACUGUACAGGAGGCUUUGGAUAAAGCGAGAGAAGGCAGAACUUGUAUCGUCAUUGCUCACCGUCUUUCUACCAUCCAGAACUCUGACAUUAUAGCUGUGAUGUCACGGGGCUAUGUCAUCGAGAAGGGUACUCAUGACUAUCUCAUGGGCCUGAAGGGAGCAUACUACAAACUCGUUACAACUGGAGCUCCAAUCAGCUAAUCUGACACCCAUCACAUAUUAGAACUUGCCCAGAUUAUGUACUUUUAGUAAUAGACCGAUAAAUCAGCCAGGCCGGUAAAUCGGUGGACAUUUGGCUGAAUAUCUGUGUCUGCUUUGCAAAUAAAUAUUUUUUAUGAAUUUCAAGUAAAUAUUGUAUAAAAAUGUUCAUUUAAUUUCAGCUUAUUCUGUGUACAUCUCAACUGCUAUAAUUAAAUUUUAAUACACUGUUAGUUGUCAUUUUUACACACAGCACUUAUGAAAUUAUAAUAUAAUCUUUAUAUGUCAUAAACCAGGAAAGAAACCUUUGUUAAUUUGAAAACACUGAAUAUUGAAAACAAUAUAUUAUAUAAUAUAUUCAUUGCAAAAUGUAUGUAUUUAUAUUUUGUCAUAUAUCUAUCUAUCUAUCUAUCUAUCCAUCCAUCCAUCCAUCCAUAAAAUAUUUAUGAUAGUGGCUUGAUGACAUUUUAUGUAAAAAAAAUAAAUAAAAAAAAAAGCCAGCAUAUUUCA